UUUAUCAUUUGUACUGGUCCAGAUACGGUUCCCUCGUUCAAGCGUUAGAAUCGUUUAGUUUGCUACUUCUGUCAGCAGCUACAUUUGUACUAUGUCAACGUAUUCUCUGAGACCAAAUGGAUGAGAAAAGAAUGAUCUGCUAAGUUUAUUCAGUGUUGGCAGUUUCCUUAAUUUUGCAGAGAUGGCUGGUCUGGGCUUGGCCAAGAGAUGGCUGUCUGCUCAGCUGCUGCUCCUGAUGACACUGUCCAACAUCUCUGACUCCACAGUAUAUUUGGUUGCUCCUGCUGCUGUGACACUUGAGGAACAGUCUACAGCCAACAUCACCAUCACUUCAAGUUCCCUUGUUAACCAGUCAGCAGUGAUUCAGUUAAAUGUCACCUACAGCUCCAAGCGGAACUACUCAACUGUAAUCACAGUGCCUGAACAGGUGUUGCUGCCAGUGGAUGCAACCUCAGUCAGUUUCAAUGUGACAGCCCAUGAUGUCGGUCAGGUGACCACGUACCUGAUUAGCAACAACACAGACCUCAACAGUUUGGCUGUCAGGAUCCGCUUUAUGGUCAUCCAUAGCAAUAUCCUGUCAGUUAUCAGUCAAGUGAUUGGCUGGAUGUACUUUCUGGCCUGGUCGGUGUCCUUCUAUCCACAAGCAUGGGAAAACUGGAGGAGGAAAAGUGUUGUAGGUCUCAACUUUGACUUCCUGGCUCUCAACUUAACUGGCUUCAUCGCCUACAGUGUCUUCAAUAUAGGGCUGUUCUGGGUGCCAUAUAUAAAGGAGGAGUUUCUGAGGAAGUACCCCAAUGGAAUUAACCCAGUCAACGCUAAUGAUGUCUUCUUCAGUCUCCAUGCUGUCCUGCUCUGUUUGGUGUACAUCAGCCAGGCUGCUGUGUAUGAGAGGGGGGGUCAAAAGGUCUCCUGGACUGCCCUUUUUUUGUUGCUGAUUGGCUGGACAUUUGCCUUUAUCAGCUUGUUUCUUGCUGUAGCAAAACAGAUCACCUGGUUGGAUUACCUCUAUUAUUUCUCCUACAUUAAACUAGGAGUCACUCUGGUCAAAUAUGUGCCUCAGGCGUACAUGAACUACAGAAGACAGAGUACUGAGGGGUGGAGUAUUGGCAAUGUCUUAUUGGACUUCACUGGUGGAAUCUUCAGUAUUCUACAAAUGAUCUUACAGUCUUACAACAAUGAUGAAUGGAAGCUGAUAUUUGGUGAUCCCACAAAAUUUGGUCUGGGUUUGUUCUCUGUGGCGUUUGACAUCCUCUUCAUGACUCAGCACUACUGUCUCUACAGACAGCCACCACAGUAUGAAGCUGUUACAGGUCAAGGAGACUAAUGCUGACACAGCGUUGUGUGGAUAGACUAUCACAACACACAAUCACAAGGGGGUAAAUGACCAAUCUCUGUCAGUCAACAAGAAUGAGCACAUUUGAUCUUUUACAAUAUCUCAGGAAUGACACUUCUUUUUUGGGGUGCGGGGGUGUUUUUUAACCAUUGUAUGAGUAUGUUGGUUGAUAUAAGAGACUGACGUAUUGAUGUAAGCACUUUUUAAUAAAUUCAGUUUCACAUAUAA